AGCAUGCAUGAUGAGAUUUUGGAGAGCCUUUCACCGUUUGAAAAGAAACUGUGUGAGAAUCUCAUCAGGGUAGAGGUACGGGGGAAAAGGGGCCGCAAAGUACCUGUGCUGUUCCCGACAAACAUAAAAGAUUCAGUGGAACUUCUGAUUCAAACAAGAGAAGAGGUUGGGAUUUCCCCAACCAAUCCCUACAUUUUUGCCCGUCCAUUUUAUGGAUCCCAGGAAAGCAUUCGUGGAUAUGACAGCUUGAAACGGUUUGCUGAGAGCUGUGGAGCAAAACAGCCAGGGAAUCUCACAUCAACUAAACUGAGAAAGCAUGUAGCCACAGUUUCACAGCUCUUAAACCUGCAAACCCAUGAACUUGAUCAGCUGGCAACUUUCAUGGGACAUGAUAUUGAGGUCCAUAGGGAGUUUUACAGACUACCUGAAGAAACACUACAGAUGGCGAAAGUCAGUAGACUCCUUUUUGCUCUGCAAGAUGGAAUGGGCAAAUUCAAAGGGAAAUCCCUGGAUGAUAUCACACCAAACAUCAACUCUGAAGAGGAGUCCAGCAACUCAGAUGCAGAUGUCCAAUCUGAGGAGAGUGCUACCAGAAAUCAAAAGGAAACUUCAGAGGAUGCACACCGCAAAGAGAGGCCUGCUACAUCAAGCAAGACAACUGAGGGCUUUAAAAAAUCAUCAUUGCCAUUGUAUCAAAAAGGGAAAUCCAAAAGGCCCUGGUCAAAGACAGAGCGAGAAGCCAUUGGAAAAACAUUUCAAGGACUUCCUGAAGGAAAUGAAGAUCCCUGGAAAAGAGGACUGCCAAAGAUGCCUAAAUGACAAUCAGGCCCUAAGGGAUAAUGGAAGAGACUGGAAAGCAGUGAAAUACUUUGUGCACAACAAAAUUACAGCUAUGAAGAGGACUUUGUGCUCACUACGAUAAGACCAGUAAUGUUGACACCUCACAUUAUAGAUCACCCCAAACCAUCUGGAUACUGAGAGCUCGCAUUAUGGAGUACCAAGGUAACUACCUGAUCACUGGGAG